AUGCCGUCCAACGAGAUUGAGGCCAAGGGGCCUCGUGGCCCUGAUGGUACCGAGGCCUCGGUAUCACCAGUCCACAGCGCCGACGAGAAGAGCGUCGACAUUUCCAAGAAAGCGGCGUUGGACUCCGAAAUCCUCCCAGUUGAGCGCAACGACGACAGCGACAGCGACAGCAAAGAUGCGAUCAUCGUUACUGGUGCCGAUGCCUCGCGCCACUUGCUUCCCAUGCGAGACGACCAUGACAGCGCUUUGACAUUCCGAAGUCUUCUACUCUCCUCUGGUCUUGCCUGCUUCCAAGCUGUGAUGUACCAGAUUUAUACAUUCAAACCCACCAUGAUCACCAUUCAGGGAACAUUCAUCGUCCUCAUCUCAUACUUCAUCGGAAACGCUUGGGCCUUCGCCCUUCCUCGCGGUGACAAAUUCGAAGCCCGGUGGAGAGCCGGCGGUAACACUGGCUCGUUACCGUUCUGGCUCAAGGUCAUCAAGUUCAUCAACCCUGGUCCAUGGGGUCUCAAAGAGCAUGCCAUCUGCGCCAUCACAGCCACUUCCGCUUCAAACGCUGCAGAGAGUGUCCAAGUAUUUGCCGCUCAGGAUCUCUUCUACAACAUGCCGUUGAGUCCUACCACUGUCAUCCUGAGUACCAUUUCUAUUGGUCUUUUCGGUUAUGGUUUGUGUGGUGUCAUGCGUCCUGUGGCAGUUUGGCACGUCGACGCGGUGUUCUGGAGUAACUUGCCUACCGUCAAGACACUCCAGGGUCUGCAUUGGCAAGAAGUUAAGGACUCGAAGCCCCUUCGAUAUUUCUGGUACAGCUUUACUGGAAUGUCGUUGUAUGAGUUCUUUCCUGCUUAUAUCUUCCCUUGGCUUAACUCCGUUUCCAUCCCGUGUCUCGCCGCUAUGAAAGCAACCGGCGAAAAAGCCAAACAUCUCACCCUCAUCUUUGGUGGAGCUACGAACAACGAAGGUCUUGGUCUCUUCACAUUUUCUCUCGAUUGGCAAUAUAUUACCUCAUUCAACACAUCUCUUCCUCUUCCUCUUCAGGCCCACAUGGCCGCUGGAUUCUUCGUCUGCUACAUCGUCAUGGUGGGCAUCUACUACGGCAACGGAUGGGGUGCCAAGUCCCUCCCUUUCAUGUCCACUCGACUUCUCCUCGAGAACGGCACGACUUACCCGAUUGCUGAGGUCUUUGAGGGUGGUGUACUUAACGAACAGCGUUUAUUGAACAUUGGUCUCCCCAGGUUGACCGGUACCUUCGCCUAUGCCAUGUUCAUGGCCAACGCUGCGAUCGGCGCUCUAAUCCUCCACUGUAUCCUCUUCUGGGGCAAGGACGUUGUCAAGGCAUUCAGGAGUGCCAGGGAAGGUCGCUACGAUGAUCGUCACCACGAACACAUGGCCAAAAACUAUAAAGAGGCUCCCUGGUGGUGGUACAUCACCAUUCUGGUCGGCAGCUUCAUUCUUGGUCUCAUCGUCGUGAUCAAGGAGAACAUUACGCUCCCUGUUUGGGCCUACAUCGUAUCACUCGUUGUAGGCUCAGUCAUCGCGCCUGUUAGCACUUUGCUCUACUCUAGGUACGGAAAUGGAAUUGCGACCAACAACCUGUCAAAGAUGCUGGCUGGUCUCAUGCUUCCGGGAAAGCCCGUGGGUAACAUGUAUUUCGCUGCAUGGUCUCACAACGUCAUUUCCAACGCUGUCAACCUGUCUGGUGAUCUCAAGAUGGGCGAAUACCUUAAAAUUCCUCCACGAGUCAUGUUCCUCACACAGAUUUGGGGAACCAUCCUUGGAGGUUUCAUCAACUACGCUGUCAUGAUCAGUAUUGUGGGCAGUAACCGAGAACUGCUCAAAGAUGGAGAUGGAAACUCUUCUUGGAGUGGCGCUACGAUGCAGUCAUACAACACUAACGCAACCUCAUGGGCGCUGGCUGGUUACCUUUACAAGAUUGGUGGUACUUAUGAACUCGUACCCUUCGGUCUCCUCGUCGGUGCUAGUCUGGUCGUUAUGCAUCGCAUUUUCUACAAGUUUUUCCCCAAGAUCAAGAACCUCGACGUUGCCGAUAUCAACUUCGCUCAAUUCAUCCAGUACGCUGGUUACAUUCCUUACAACCAGAGUCAAACAUGCGUCAUCUUGAGUCAGUUGGGAUCCGGCUUCUUCGUCCAGUACUACCUUCGAAACUACCGCCCGCGCAUUUUCAGAGACUACUCAUACCUGGUGACAGGUGCUUUUGACGGUGCAAGUCUCACUGUUCUUUUCAUCCUUUCGUUUGCUGUUUUCGGUGCUGGUGGUCCUGGACAUCCUUUCCCAACUUGGUGGGGAAAUAACGCUGAUGGCAAUUAUGAUCUUUGCCCUGUUCCUGAAUAA